AUGGCGACUAAGACCCAUGUGGACAACACGGUGAAUGAACGUCGUUUGCGACCGAUUUACGACUGGCUAGAUAAUGGCAACAAUAAGAAGGCGCUCCAAGAGGCGGACAAGGUGCUCAAGAAACACCCGAGUAAUCAAUGCGCCAGGGUACUCAAGGCUCUGGCUCUGUUGCGGCUAGGUAAGGAGGAUGAGUGUCAAAUUAUCAUGGACAAAGUGCGGUCUGAGGUACCAUGCGAGGAUUCUACUCUGCAGGCAAUGACUAUCUGCUACAGGGAGAUACAUCAACCUGACAAAAUUAGCGAGGUUUAUGAAGCUGCUGCAAAAGCAGAUCCAAAUAACGAGGAGCUUUUAACGCAUCUUUUCAUGUCGUACGUUCGCCUUGGUGAUUAUAAAAAGCAGCAGCAAACUGCUCUUAACUUGUACAAAAUGAAACCUAAGAAUCCAUAUUAUUUCUGGGCUGUUAUGAGUACAGUCAUGCAAGCCAUUCACGCGGAUCAAAAGUUAGCAAAGGGAGUUAUUUUACCAUUGGCAGAGAGAAUGGUCCUAAAAUUAGUAAGGGAAGGAAAAAUGGAAGCAGAACAAGAAGUACAGCUUUAUUUAAUGAUUUUGGAAUUGCAAGACAAAAAUGAAGAAAUAUUAAAUGUAUUGUCUAGUCCUUUAGCUUCGCAUCUUUCAUAUGUACCACAACAGAAAGCUACAAUUCUGUUAAAACUAGAACGUUUUUCCGAGGCUGCUAAUGCAUAUCGCGAACUUAUUAAAGAGAACAUUGACAAUUGGGCAUUUUAUCAAAGUUAUCUUUUGGCGGCCUUAAAGUUUCAACAACCGACAGAAUGCUUGGAUUUUCUUAACAAUAUUAUUAAUACAUCUGAAAAGAGUAUUCGGGCACCAUAUUUGGCUCGUUUAGAUUUAUUAAAACACGCCCAUAUUAGUGAAGAUCUACAGUGUAGUUUGCAAUCAGUAGACUUUAUGCGUGAAUAUUUCACCCAAUUUGGAGAAAAGGGCUGUGUGGUUGGUGAUUUACGAUUAUAUUUAAAUCUGCUUACACCCAAGAUGAAGAUUGAAUUAUUUGAAAAGAUUGAAAAAGAUAUAGGUAUUACAUCAGAUGAGUUUCCAACUACUGUACAACAGAUGCAAAGACAUAUUCACAUGGAGCAAUUGCGGCGUAUUUGUGGUUUUUAUCAUCCUCCUUUAGUGGACAGAAGUAAACAGGAACAAUUAAUAAAGAGAUUAUGUGAUUUGUAUGAAAAAGGCAAUGAAUUAUGUCCAAUGCAAGAUAGAUUGCCAACUGAUUUCUGUCCAGCUGAUCCAUACAUUCUAUUAGCUACCCAUUUGCUGCAUCAAUUAUGGGUUGACACUAAUGAUGCGUCUUUUCUUUAUAAGGCAAUGUCGUUAUUGGAACACGGUCUUCUGUCGAGUCCUGUAAAUUUUCACAUAAAAAUUUUGCUCGUGCGUAUUUACUUGGAGGCUGGUCUAGUGGUCGCGGCUGAUCAUACGUUCGCAUUACUUGAUGUAAAACACCUUCAACUAGAUUCACUGGGUCAUCUCUAUGCGCCUCUUCUCGCGCCUCUCGGUAACUUGCCUCUGGCCUCAACAACUCUCGAUCAAACAGCGAAAUUUUUCAUAGCCAACUAUAAGGAUAGCGCAGAUCAUUUAACGUUUGCAUAUAAAUACGGGAGUUUUAUAAAAAUUCAGGAAUUUGUAGAGUUGAGAGAACGAUUAGAUAAUUCGUUUCAUUUCGCUAUGACAACAGUAGAUAAGAUGUUACUUGAUUUAUGUUGGUGCGACAGUACUGCCUCUUUAAUUUCUACUUUGAAUAGUAUGCAUAUACAACCUCAUCUUGAUACAAUUAGAUGGUCAUCUUUACGAGAUAAUCGUGACUUGGAGGUUGUUCGUGGGUGGGAGCCACUUAACCAGAGCGAAAAGAAUCCAAGAAUGCAAGAGGAGACACGUAUAUGCAUGUUAAGACUGCUUUCAGCGAGAAAUGCCAUACUACGUAUUUUAGCAGCGAGUGCAAAAUCAUCUUCAAUUUUUCUUUCUCAAAUAUCUUCCGAGCUUAAAGAAUUGGAUGAAGAAAUUAUUCCGCAAAUAUUACAAAUAUUUGAUACGGAUGGAAAACGGAACAGACCAUGCAACAUAUUGGUUCCGCUAGAUGCUGUAGAAAGAUUACGUGAAGCUCAUUAUUCUGAACAAUUAAGGACUAUAGCGUGCCUUGCAAAUUCACUGUCUCAGUCUUCUUGUCCGGACUUUGAUUGCAUACAAAUGCUGCGAACGUCUCUUUGCUUACAGACAUUACCCAUCCCUGAGUGGGAUAAACCAGUGUCUUUUAAAAACUUCUUACUUAGAGCCUCAACUUGCAGUGAAUCUUUAGCGAUUAUUAGCGCUAUAUGUAGUGUAUGUGCGGUACAAUCGGAACCACGUACCUCGCAAAAGAAAAACAAAAAAAAAUAUAAUAAGAAAAUCGAAUCGAACAUGAUAAAUGAGACUAAUGAGACUAAGGUUUGGAGGGAAGUGGCUGUGUUACUUAUUGAGAGAGUUGAAAAUUUAGAUGCGGUUCUAACAGAAUUUGAAAAAUAUGAAUUACAUACAGAUUUGGAUGAGAAAGAUGAUGUAUGCGUCACCAUUAUAAAACGCGGACAAUCGAGUCUUAGGCAAAGUUGUAGAUCUCUCAAGUCUCGCACUCAGCCUAUAUUAAGGCUUUUAAGUAAUUUAAAGAGCUGAAACUAUUUGACAAUAUUUGUACAAAGAACAAUAUCCGUCUAUUUCAUAAUUUUCAAAAAUAACUCAAGAGUUCUGUACAUAAUUCUUAGCUCCCAUCAAUUAUAAAUAAUGAAUGAAUGGUUUAAUGCUGAUUAAAAUAUCUGAACCAACCUUUA